CCCUCUCGGAAGCGCGGCCAGCGGUCCCGGCUCCGUCCCGCCAGCGGUUGGGGAGCGCCCCGCCCCGGCCCGCCCCGGCCCGCCCUCCUGAUCCGGCCCAGGUCCCCGAGCGGCCGGCCGGCUGGGCAGUGAUGUCGCUGGGAGCGGGGCUCGUCCGCACCACGUGCAGCACCGGCGGCGCGCCCGGACCCGGGGCCGGCGCGGGGCAGCCCUCGGAGGGGCUGCUGGACCCAGUCUACCCGCGUACCCAGGGGGCGCUUCUGAAAGUGGCGCAGAUGGUCACUCUGCUGAUCGCCUUCAUCUGCGUGCGGAGUUCCCUAUGGACUGACUACAGUGCCUACAGCUACUUUGAAGUGGUCACCAUUUGCGACUUGAUAAUGAUCCUCAUCUUUUACCUGGUGCACCUCUUCCGCUUCUACCGUGUGCUCACCUGUAUCAGCUGGCCCCUGUCGGAACUUCUGCACUAUUUAAUCGGUACCCUGCUCCUUCUCAUCGCCUCCAUUGUGGCGGCCUCCAAGAGUUACAACCAGAGUGGACUGGAAGCUGGAGCGAUGCAGCCGUCUGAUGUGGCCACAGCUCCCGGCCCCCAAGAGGACCCGCAGGGCAGGAGGCCCAGCAGCCAGGAGGCCCAGUGGCCCUGUGUGGCUCUGGACCAUGUUCCUGUGCCAAAGUCCUUCUCAGGCUGGUGAACUCCGGGAAGGCCCCCACCUUCCUCCUGCUUUGGCGACACGCCCGUUCCCUGAGCUCCUGAGCUGGGCAGAGCCUCUUUCCCCAGGCUUCCUCGGACAGCAGUCCUCCUCUUCUGGGAAAGGAAAGCAGCCUUGCCGCACUCUGCCUCUCAGUCUGUUUUUACCACCACCUCAGAUACUGACAACCCCACCGAACAUGCUGGAGGGGCUUCUGAAUCGUCUGCAUACAUCUGCUUCUUUUUCAUAUUCUGCAGGGGAGCGGAGCUGCCUCACAUUCUCGUAGAAACUAAGCCACCUCUUGGGUAGCUUGGCAGCCUGGUCUGGGAGAGACCCUCUUUCUUAAAGUGGGCUGUGCCAGCAGGAACAUGCAGCCAGCCUGCCGUCUCCUUUCCCCUCUCAGCCUGUGUUACCACUGUGCGUGUGUUGGUGUGUUUUUAAAUACAAUAUUGGCCAAUUGCAGAAGGCUUUCUGUUUGAACAAGAAAUGUGUAAAACAA